AUGUCGGACACGGACUUCAAGGCCGCAAUGAAACAGCGGCCCUUGAAGAUCUUGCUGGAGCAAGACACUUUCGAACUGCUCGUCCAAGAUCCAAGCGAAAAGUUAGGUUGUGCUUUUGCUGGCACCCCUCCUGCGAACACCAGUGUGUCCAAAAUUGCGCCUGCCUCUGUGGCAGAGAGGAACAACAUUCAGACAGGCUUCCAGCUGGUGACGGUCAAUGGCCAGACCGUUGGCGCCCUCACGGAGUCCACAUUUAGGGAGAGUUUGAAGGCACGACCAGUGAGGUUGCUUUUCCAAGUCCCAAAGAAGGACCAGCCGCUGGUUGAAUCUUCCAAGGCUCCGGCUGGCGCUGUUGUGUUUGAAGUUCGACUUGAAGAUGCAGCCACAAAGCUUGGCUGCGGCUUUGGCGGCCUCCCCCCAGAUGCUGUUGCUGUUGGCAAGGUGAGCCCUGGGACCUUUGCAGAGAGGAACAAGAUCCAAACGGGAUACUUGCUGGUGGCAUUGAAUGGCAUAGAGAUGAAAGAGUUGAACCCAGAACGUUUCAGGGAGAUACUGAAAGCGCGGCCUGUGCGUUUGCGUCUUCAGAUUCCGCAGAGUGAGGAAAAAGAGAAGAUUGUGAAAGAAGUGGUGAAGCAAGAGAACGCGGUCACUGCCCUGCAAGCUAUUGCCCGUGCGCCCUCUCAAGUUCGCAGCAGUGAGCAGCAUGCUGCAGCAUGCCAUUGGGAAGUGAUACAAAUUUAG